GGCCCUCCCCUUUCUCCUUGUCAGGGUCCUGUGGCAGCUGGGACCAGGAGAUGAUAGGAGGACUCUCGCUCUGAUCCACCACCAGUCGUCCACAGCAUCCCUGAGCUGAAGGAAUCUGAUGGAGGAUGAGUCAAAGAGCAAGCAAGAAAAGUGAGAAGAUUUAAUCAAGUACAUCAAGAGAUAAAAGACGUAAAGAUAGAGAUUCAAGUGUUCAGAGAGUCCUAAAACCAACGCCGAACCAUGAGUACCUUUGGGUACCAGAGGGAGUUGAAGAAGUACGAAGACGUGGAUGAAGACAAGCUGCUGGCCACGUUGUCCUCCGAGGAGCUCCAGGAGCUGGAGAGGGAGCUGGCCGACCUUGACCCCGACGACAACGUCCCCAUCGGCCUGAGGCAGAAAGACCAGACCGCCAAAACCCCGUCGGGGACCUUCGACAGAGACGCUCUGCUGAAAUACUGGGAGGACGAGAACAAGAAGCUGCUGGAGGACGAGAAGGUGGAGUCCAACGCCGAACAGGAAGGACGCCCAGAUAAGAGCAGAGGGGAACGAGUGAAGGCGAGCGCCAGUGACGCCGGCAAGACUCCGGACAACGUCAGGAAUCUAGACAACGACAGAAAGAAGAGUUCACAAAAGGGGAAGAAAUCACAGAGUGUCUUUAACAAAAAUCAUGCGAAAGAAGACAAGAUGGAAAAGAAAGAUGAGUGCAAAAAGGAGGCACCGAUACGGAGUAAAUGUCCGGAGAAGAAAGUUCUGUCUAAAGGUUCGAGGAGCGAAUCCAGCAGGACUGAAACCACAAACCAAAACCUGAACGUGACCUCCGACAGAGCGAGUGGAAACCCGACCGUCAUCGAAGAAGCUCUGGAGCAGAUCCUGCGUGAUGAUCCAGCAAUGAACGAAGUCAACCUCAACAACAUCGAAGACAUUUCCCAGGAGACCUUGCUUCGUUUUGCCGAGGCUCUGAGCACAAACACUCACGUCCAUGUUUUCAGUCUCGCCAACACUCACGCCGACGACCGGGUCGCCUUCGCCAUCUCCAAGAUGCUUUGUGAGAACAGCUCAAUCAGAAACCUGAACGUAGAGUCCAACUUCGUGUCCGGUCAGGGCAUCCUGGCUCUGCUGGCGGCGCUGCAGCACAACAGGACGCUGGUGGAGCUUCGCUUCCACAACCAGAGGCACAUCUGUGGGGGGAAGGUGGAGAUGGAGAUGGUCCAGCUGCUGAGAGAAAACACCACUCUGCUCAAGCUCGGCUACCAGUUCGACCUUCCGGGCCCGAGGAUGACGGCGACCAGCAUUCUGACGCGCAACCAGGACCAACAGCGACAGAGGAGGCUCCAACAGAAGAAGGAGCAGAGUCCGUCAGAGGUGUCGGGACAAGAUUCUGGGUCAUCUGUAGAAAACAAACCAACAAAGAAGUCGUCACAAUCAUCUAAAACAGUUGAAAAUCAGAACAGAAAUCCUCCUCCCCCUCCGUGCCCGUCUCUAGACCCGCCAACGAGGAAGAUCGCUGAAAUGGUCAAACAGCACGAAGGCUCCAACAGCACGAAGGCUCAGUCGAACCAGAGGAAACCAAAGUCAAAGAAGCUCAAGAACGGCGCCAACGAAAAGGAGAGCGUCGAUAUUCUCAAAGAGCUGAAGAACGCCUUGAAGCCGUCGCUGCAGAAGAGACGAGACGAAACGUCCCGCCUGCCACCGCCGCAGAGGUCGAGCCGCGACGACCUGAUGGCGGCGAUUCGUGGGAGCAGCAUCAGGUCCCUAAAAAGGGUGGACCCGUCACAGACCUGAACUCACCGACGGAUCAACGACUGUUCACACUUUCUACUGAAACGUUUCAUUUUUAUUUCACUUUUUUUUUUUUUUAAUUUAAAAAAAAAUGUCACUUUUUAACAGUAUCUUAUUUAAGUUGUCACACGGCGUAGCGGCAGACUGUAUUCUGUACUGUUCAGAUAUUAUUGUCAUAUUUUGUUACUGUGUGUGAGACCCACUGUGAAUAUUAAC